UAUAGACUUUCUUGCUUUUACCUAGAAUUUUUAUAAUUUUGCACCUAAAAAUUGUCUAUGAAGAAUGUUGAGUGAAUUUUUAUGUAAGUUGUAAAGCUUGUGCGUACCUUAAUUACAUUCUGUAUGUUCUCCAACAAAUUAUAAAGACAUGGGAAAUUCCUGCAAAUUGGGGUUUGAUUUUCCAAAAUUUUGUGAUUCAUCAAUCGAGCCACAAGGGGGCGCCACUUUCCAUGAGCUGUGAGCGCUCGUCCCAUAUCACAUAAAACUUAGAAAUAAGUGGGUGUACUCCGCCCCCCGUGGCCCGCAGGCGACGCCUUUGCCCUCUCUGUGGACCUGCGUGGCGCAUGCGCGGUCAGGCCCCGGGACUUCCCCUCUGACGCCGGCGGGAGCCAGGAUUCCUCGGGCUCCAGUGCGGCUCCGUCCAGGACAUCGCCGUCCGCGGCCGCCGUGAAAGCUCGGUUUUCUAAGGAGCCGCGGGACAGAAAGGCAGGAGGGAAGCACUACCACCCAACCUGUGUCGGGUGUGUGCGCUGUCACCAGAUGUUCACCGAAGGGGAGGAGAUGUACCUCACAGGACACCUGUCCCUUCUUUGAAGAAUGUAUAAUAUUUGGGGCUGCUUCUCAACAUGUGACCAGCCACCUGCUGCUCAUGCCUUUCCAAAUUGGCCUCUUGAAUUUGGGGCCAACCAACUGGACCCUCCAACCCACAAUAAAAUGUUCUAAGGUUUGGCACCCCAUCUGCAAACAUGCAGCCCGGGUAGAGAAGAAGUUGAAGCACAGGUGGAUGUCAGAAACUUCCAUCUCACCGCCUGGGUCCAGCAUUGGGUCACCCAACCGAGUCAUCUGUGACAUCUAUGAGAACCUGGACCUCCAGCAGAGACGGGCCUCCAGCCCUGGAUACAUUGACUCCCUGACCUACAGCCUUCAGGGCAUGUCUCCCACACUCUCCUGCUCGCCCCACCACUACUACCACUCUGCUGGAGAAAGUAAUAUCUACCAGAUGCCCCCAAUCUACAAAUGGCAUGGGUCCUUUAUAGGCGAUCUGUCAACAGCAACCAAGAGCAAAACAAGUGAAGACAGCCAGGCCUCCAAGUACAGUCCAGCCUACUCACCAGACCCCUACUAUGCUGCAGAGUCUGAGUACUGGACCUACCAUGGGUCCCCCAAAGUGCCCCGAGCCAGGAGGUUCUCAUCUGGAGGAGAGGAAGAUGAUUUUGACCGUAGCAUGCACAAGCUCCAGAGUGGGAUCGGCCGGCUGAUUCUGAAGGAGGAGAUGAAAGUCCGGUCUAGCUCAUAUGCAGAUCCCUGGACCCCACCCCGGAGCUCCACCAGCAGCCGGGAGGCCCUACACACUGGCUAUGAGAUGUCCCUCAAUGGCUCCCUUUGGUCCCACUACCUGGCUGACAGCGAUCCACUCAUCUCCAAAUCUGUCUCCCUGCCUGCCUACAGAAGAAAUGGGCUGCACAGGAGUACAAGGUAAAGGAGAUACACCUGGGAGUCUCUGGGACCCUGGGAGCUGCAGGGAACUGGCAGAAAGAUGACAGCACUAUCCAUUCAGGGAAGGUGACACCAAUAAAUAACUCAGUGAUCUUCUUAAGACCAGCAUUUCUGCUCUGUCGUGGCCCACAUUCUCUGCAUCCUGCCCUACAUCUCUUGCCCACUGAAAUCAAGACAGUUGCCCAUGGACCUCAGAGACUUUCUGGAGGCUUGCCCAGCCCAGAUAUUAGAUAUUUACAUUGAGGAGGCCUUGUGCCACAUUUACCAAAUGCUACCAAGCUUAUCCCUAGCAGCAUUAGGGGAUGCUGAGGCUUGUCUCUUGGGAGCAGGUGCUUUGAGGCUGCCAGGCAAACCCAAGUUGGGCAGACCCAGCCUUUCCUCCAGAUUUUCAUCUCUGGCCCUCUCUGGGUAGAUGGGUAUGGGGGAGCCCAGGCACAAAAUGUGGCUGAAGAGACAAGCCCACCACCCUAAGCCAACCUGGAACUGCCCCACGCCCACACUUCCUCCUUAGAUCUACCCUUAUGAACUGCUGCUGGUGACCACAAGAGGAAGAAGCCGUCUGCCCAAGGAUGUGGACUGGACGCAGUUAGAGGCGAGUAUGGAAAACCGAACAGGAGCCUCUGGAUUGGAAGGGAUUCCAGAAGUUGCCGGCCUAACCCAGCUUGGGAGGAGCAGGCAGAAUGAAUGGCUUUAAGGUCACACAGCUUAUUGAACAGGCAGAGACUCCAGCCUGGCCUCCUCAGCCCAUGACUGCUCCAGCGGUUCUGGGCUGCCUUCUCACUUCAGUUAGCCUCUGUGGUGCGCAGCUGCAGUGUGUCCCCACCAGGCACUGAUGCUUCUGCAGAUGUGAGAGGAGAGCUAGAUUUUGUCCCUGCCAUCAAGGGGCCUGCAGUCUGGUGGACAAACCGGAAUGCAGCUAUGACUUUAUGCAGGAUUGUACAGAGAACCAGUGCUUGUAAUGGGGAAGACAGGGGAGUCAGCACUGCAUGGAAGGGGACUCAGGAAGGAAGUCUUGAGCCAGCUCCCUAGGUUCCAGCUCCAUACAUUUAUAACAAGGGCCUCCUUUUCUGCCCUCCCUUGGCAGGCAGCUUAGGGACAACCUCUCCAGACCUUAGUUUUCUCCUCUUUAAAAUGGGGUGAUUGUCCUGCUUCCUGCAAGCUGCCAAGUGAAGUAAAUGAGGCGAUGCACACACACAGAGCCCUUGGUGCAGACUCUGGUAGCACACUGAGCAGUUAAGUAUUCAGUGCAUCUUCUGGUGCUGUUAUUCAGAGAAGACAUCUAAGGCUGCACUGGUGCCAGGAAGAGGAAGGAUUUGGAUGGACUUUGAAUGUGGGUGGGUUCAGAUGGAUGGAGAGAGGGAGGUGAGCCUCAUGAGCAGGGAAUGGCAUAAACAAAGGUGCAGAGGCAGGCCUGAGUGUGGCAUUGGCUGUCCAGCAGUUCAGUCCACUUGACCUGGAGUUCCAAUCCCUGUCACAUUCUGCCCUUACCACCCCAGUGCCACUCCCUGCCACUCCCUCUCAUAGAAUGCCCUUUCCAUCUCGCCAGCCUCUUCACCCCUCAGGGCUCCAUUCUAGUGAUGCCUGUGUCCUGACAUACCCCAAGCCUUCCCCAGGUUGUGUUGCUCGCUGUCCCCUCCAGCCUUCCCCAGCCCUGCAACCAGAGCACAGACCAAGCAGCUCUCCCUCCCCUUUGGUUCAGAUAAUCAGGCCGUGUAUCCCUCUGCCUGUCAUCUACCACGGGGCCUGGACUAGGGCAGGUGUCAGGAAAUGUUUUCGGAAUUGAAUGCAGUCUUCUAAGAAAGGAGACUCAGCACUCCUUGGGAUUAGCCCAUCAGCUACUCCUGACCUGACUGCUGAAGCAUCUGCCCUGAGCGGAGUGUGGGGGCAGAAGGAGGGGGUGCAGAUGGGCCAGGAAGCUCUGCCAGUCCCAGCUCUGGCAUGCUGUAAAGCAAUGAUUCUCCAUACGUUUAUAACAAGGGCCUCCUUUACUGUCUAGCAGCAAGUGUCUGCUGGUGCUGAAGGGGACAGCUCCUACCGCAGUUCCACUAGCCAGCAUUGGGGAUGGAAAUGUCAGGGAACCUAGUUCAUCGUGGAGGACCGAUUGCUCUUCUACAUUGCCCGGAACAACAAGAAGCUAAGACCAGGGAGCUCAACCUUCCCUAAGCAUUAGAGUCACCCAGCGAGUUUCUUAAAAAUACCAAUAUAGGGUCCCACCCUAGCCCAAUAAAAUUGCAACCUGGAGAGGAGUUCAGGCAUCAGUAUUUUCAGAUGCUUCCAAGAAUACUUAAUGUGUAGCCUGAACUGAAGCCAUAAGGCUAUAGAGACACUUCCCUAGCUCUCUAUACCAGUUUAAAGAGGGCCUGAAGAAGGAAACCCCUGACCCUGUCCUCAAGGAACUCAGAGUAUAGAUAGUCAUCCAGUAAGUAUUGAAAGCCUAUUAUAUACCAGGUACUGUUCCAGGUGCUUGCAGUGUAUCAGUGAAUGAAAUAGGGGCCCCUGCCCUCUUGGAGCUGGCAUUCUCGUGUAAGGAGAUAGACACUAAAUGACACCAGUGAUAAACAAAUGACCUAACACACUGAAAGGUGACAGGGCUAAAGGGAGUAGUAGCUGAGAGCGGCGGGAGAGCGGUUGGGGUUGGAGGAGGGGCGAGCUUCAGUUUUAAUAGGGUGGUCAGCGUAGACCUCACUGAAAAUGUGACACCGAAGACUUGUAGGUGAGGUAUGCCUAGAUAAGGAGGAAGAGCAUCCCAGGCAGGGGGCACAGCCACUGCAAGUUCCUCAUGCCGGCGUGAGCAUGGUGUGCCUGAGGACAGCAGGAGAUGAAGUCAGGAAAUGGGCACCAGAUUGUGCUAUGUGACAGACACAUGGAGAGAUCAUUGCAAUAGCGAGAAUGACCGGUUGAGUGCUUCCUGCAUAGCGGCCACUGUGCCAAGCACAUGCCCUGUAUCAUUUCAUUCACCCUCACAGUAUCCAGGGGCAGGUACUAGGACACUCCCACUUUCUAGAAGAGGAAAUGGAGGCUUAGAGAGGCAAUGUACCCAGGUCAUACACCCAUAUUUGCCUGGCCUUAAAGCCUGUGCACUUAACCUUUAAGCUUUAAAGUCUGUGGUGAAUGUCAAAUGGACAGGGCUGGCAUUAGGCGCUCACAGGGGAAGGGAAGCUCCAGGUGGC